GAGUGUCAGGAAGAGGAAGAGCGCGGCCGGGAGCGCGGCGCAGAGCAGGGGCCCGACCGAGGCAAGCGGUGCGCGGGCCACCAUGGCCACGGACGAGCUGGCCAGCAAGCUGAGCCGGAGGCUGCAGAUGGAGGGCGAAGGCGGCGAGGCGACGGAGCAGCCGGGGCUCAACGGGGCGGCAGCGGCGGCGGCGGCCGAGGCUCCCGACGAGACUGCCCAAGCGUUGGGCAGCGCGGACGACGAGCUGAGCGCCAAGCUGCUGCGGCGGGCGGACCUCAACCAGGGCAUCGGCGAGCCGCAGUCGCCCAGCCGCCGCGUCUUCAACCCCUACACCGAGUUCAAAGAGUUCUCCAGGAAGCAGAUCAAAGAUAUGGAGAAGAUGUUCAAACAGUAUGACGCCGGCAGGGAUGGCUUCAUCGACCUGAUGGAGCUGAAACUCAUGAUGGAGAAACUGGGGGCCCCGCAGACGCACCUGGGCCUGAAAAGCAUGAUCCAGGAGGUGGAUGAGGACUUUGACAGCAAGCUCAGCUUCCGGGAGUUCCUUCUGAUCUUCCGCAAGGCCGCGGCAGGGGAGUUGCAGGAAGACAGUGGCUUGCACGUCCUGGCUCGCCUGUCCGAGAUCGAUGUCUCCACCGAGGGCGUUAAGGGUGCCAAGAACUUCUUCGAGGCCAAGGUCCAGGCCAUCAACGUGUCCAGCCGCUUUGAGGAGGAGAUCAAGGCUGAGCAAGAGGAAAGAAAGAAGCAGGCGGAGGAAGUGAAACAGCGAAAGGCGGCCUUCAAGGAACUGCAGUCUACCUUCAAGUAGUCAGAGCCAAGGCCAAGAGCUGGCCCCGCCCCGUGUGUGGUCGGUGGGGGUGGGGCGCGGGUGGGUGCAGGAGACCUGAGGGAGGCUAGCUCCCACGUCCUGGUCUCUGCGCUUGGACCACUACUAAAAAAACGCAAUCCACCUGUGGCCGGGUCUCAUUCAGGAGUCUCCUCAGUGGUUGGUCCAGGCCCUGCCCCCUCCCGCGGGCUCAUGCGGCUGUGAUGUCAGCCACCAGCAUCCUCUCUAGCCUUCCCGUCCCUGCGUGUCUUGUUCUCUGGCCACCCUGCUGCCUGCUCUAGCCCAACUCCAGCCCAUUCAUGCCCCUGCCUUCAGUACCAGCUACUUUCUCCGCCCAUCCACCUACCCUUAAUUCUAGGCCGCUCUGCCAUGAUCCAGCAGAGAGUGAGACCAUCCCGGGACUCUUCCUGUCAAAUUGGUCCCUAUCUCUGCUGGAAGUGUAGGGACUGCUAUGUUAGUGAGGAGAUCCAGGGACUUCUAUUUUAGUGAGGAGAUCCAAGGACUCCUAUUUUAGCAAGGAGAUCCAGGGACUCCUAUUUUAGCAAGGAGAUCCAGGCCCUAGCUCUCUAAACUGAUUUAAAUGGGGCCCAGCUAGGCAGGGUGAAGGCCACUGUGUGAAUCUACCUCACAGGCUAUACUCUGCCAGGCACGCCUUGGGGGCAUGAGUGAUAGGGUUCUGUGGUGAGGGACAGAAAUGUCACCCUCUGACACCCCACUCCCGCAGCAAGCUGAGAGUCCCAAGGGGCUGUGGAGAGAGGGGUGAGGUUCCUAUGGGUUGGCUUUUUCAGGGUGGCCCUCAGGACUCUGCCUUGAGUCCCUUGACUCCCCCAAGGAGUGCCUGACGUGUUUGUGUGCACUGGCAGUAGGAGGCGGGGCCGGCACCCCUUUCACACUAUUCUUCCUUGGGUUUGUUACCAGUGAUGGCACCAGCCUGCCGUGCCCACCCCGUAGAUCGCAUGGGGGACUCCCCAAGCCCAUCUCCAGACAGACCAUAGUGAAACCCGUGCCGUUCCCCCAUAGCUCCAUGUGCUUGCUCACGUGUGUGUGUGUGUGUGUGUGUGUGUGUGUGUGUGUGUAAUGUGCGUGUCCAUUGCUGUGUUGUGAAACUGUGACGUCACCCAGUCUAAGUGAACGGCCACCGGGGCCACCGUUAUGCAAAUGUUCGGUGUGUCACUGCUUGUGAAACUCGAUGACUCUUUAUUUUACUACAAUGCCUCGACAGUCCCCCCCACCCUCUGUGAGACUUGCAAAGGUUUUAUUUUUUCGGUCUUAGAACCUAUGAGAAUCCGAGGGACUCGGAGCCCAGCCCAGCCCAGCAGCCGUGGCCCUGGCUUUGGUUUGCCUUAGUGGAUAUGUUUAUACAGAUGAAUAUAAAUUCCCUUUUACUUUUGGCUGUUCGCAUUUUAUUUUUGGUUCCCCCCCCUCAGCACCUCCCCACCCCACCCAAAAGAAAAAAAGAAAAAAAAAGCUUACUCCUUCAUUCAGUGGUACGAUUAUUUUUUUUAACUAAAAUGAGAUAAAAUUCUA